AUGGAAGAAUUUAGCAAUGGUGAUUCUAAAGUGAACGACUCGACAAUAACCAAUUCGUCUGCCGACAAUGCACCAAAUGAUACCAAUGUUGAUAAUGUUCAGCCUGUUGUAAAAGCAGAGGAGGAGCUUCCAACGACAGCAAAGAGUGAAACUAUGACCUCAGAGGCUCCUAAGGCCGACAUUGAACCUAGAGAGAUUUUGAUUUCUCAUGCUGUCAAAUUUCUUUCCAACUCGUCAAUUCUCGAGGCUGACGACGAAAAGAAAAUUCAAUUUUUGUUGGGAAAAGGGUUGACAAGAAAAGAAAUCGACAUUGCAAAAGAAAGAGCUACACAAGUGCAAAUGUCUACUACGCCCACUGCUACUGCAUCUAUUACUACGCCCAUACCCCCAGCAGUUCCUCCUCGUACAUAUGCAUCGACAAUGCCCGUGGCGAGAACGCCUUUGUGGAAACAACUUGCUUUCGUUUUGCUUAUAACCGGUACUUUUAGUGCUUUCAUGAUUGCAGUGAUCAAGAAAUUUCUUGGUCCAAUGGUUACUUCGAUCAUUUUUGCCAAGCAACAACUCUAUUCUCAUCAACUUUCCCUCUUUAGAAAAUUCAACGAAGCGCUUUUAUCAUUCGUAUCUCUGCUAAGAACACCUCGUAUGUCGUCACAUGAUGACUCCAAGAUUAACUCGGAUAGCGAUGAAGAAUUACCAACUCCAACUGACCAAGAUGAAAUAUCAACGCCACCCUCUUUGCUUGCUCCACUUUCAACUGACUUAACAACAUUGGCGGAAAGAUUGAAUACGUAUCAACAAAAUCUAGAAAAAAAUAAUGACUUAUCAGAUUUAAAACUUUCGGUUAAUACAUUAACAGCAUAUCUCACGGAAAAUACAUAUCCAUAUAAAAUUUGGACUAAUAGUGAACGUGGAGAUUCAGCUGUAGCAAGAUUCAAAGAAGAAAUUAGAGGAUUAAAAGGAUUAUUAAUCAAUCGCAGAAAUUUUCCAAAAAUCCCUGCAACACCAACUACCUAUUCAUCAACAUCUAAACCACCAACAGAACCACAAAUACAGGAAAUUGAAUGA